GACGUACCAAGAAUAAUACAAGUAAGAGCUUAAAAGCACUACGUUGACAUUCUUGGUACGGCCGGAUGCAAACCUUGCAUUAGAUAAGUUCUAGACCUAAGAAUUCAUUUUGUAUUUUUGAUUCAUUAUUAAACUAGAAGCAUCCACCUCUGCUCGUGUUUUAAGUACUCUUUAGUUUUAUUUUUUAAAAACUCUCCGAACGCUCCCGAAAACUUGACUGGCGCAGCCGGUAGGAUUGUCAAUUAUUGCUGCUAUAGUCUUGCGUUAAAUUCAUCGUGUUCAAAAUCACCAUCAUUGAACUUUUCGUGAGACGCAGUAGACAAUCCUCGAACCAAAGAAAUUUGUCUGGUGAUGCGGAAUGCUGUUGGAGGUGAACAUGGGAACCACAAGUUGGUGGUGCCUAGUCGCGUUGACAGCCGCCCUGAUGAUCCCAUCGCAGGCACUUCAUCUUCAAAAGAUUGAAAACAAUCCCGGGUUAUUACCUGUGAAAUUAGGUACAGCCGUUAAACAAGAUGACAAGUGGGUAAUAAUAAAGGUAUUGGACUUAAGUGGCAUAAGGGACGAUAUUAACUUUAACAUCCAUAAAUAUAGAGAAUUUGAUAAAUUAAUUGAUAUACACAAACCGUAUGUGAAUGAAUUCAAAGGCAUGAAAACUCAAUUAGAUCACAUAAUACAAAAUGUAUGUAAUAAAUUCAAUCAAUUGGUACCGUCACACAGAUUCAAAAGAGGGUUGAUAGAUCCCUUAGGAUCACUAAUAAAAAUUAUUACAGGUAAUUUAGACCACAACGAUGCGUUAAAAUAUGAUAAACUCCUUUCAGAAUUACAGGGUAAACAAGUAGAUGCCAAUAAGAAACUAACGAUCAUAUCUAAAAUGUUGCAUAAUCUGGUCAACAGCUCUGAAACAUUACAAGAAAACACUCUUAUUUUGGAAGAGCGUUUAAAAAGAAUAGAAAGAAUAGUUAAAAAUAUAGCUACAAAGGAAAACAACUCAGUCUACGCCACAUAUGUAUUAGGCAUGUACAACUUAUUUAUAAGUAAUUUCCGUUCCAUGUACUUAACAAUAAGCGAAGUAGAGACAGCUCUAGCCUUCAGCAAGGUUACUAUUUUGCACCAAUCAAUUGUGAACUCAACCGAACUGUUAACAUUGUUGCAAUCUAUAUCUAAAACUGAUAACUUAGUAUAUCCUGUUAAUGAAAAUAAUUUAAUUAAAAUUGAAAGAACAAUAGAAGUUAAGGCUUAUGUAAAAGGAAAUCAGGUGACCUUUUUGAUGGAAGUACCGUUAAUCGAUAAUAAUACCUACACUUAUUAUAGAUUGUACCCCUUGCCAAUAUUUAAUCAAUCAAUUAACAGAACUACCCUAAUCGUUCCUAAAUACCCGUUCCUUUUGGUGAAAGGCUCUACUUACUUACCACUUGCCAGCAGCUGCAAAGAGAUUGCCGCCAACGAAUUUAUAUGUACCACGGAAAACAUCGUGCCUUAUCCUGAAGAUACCUGCGCCGAACAACUGAUGAAGUUUCAGUCCGACCUCUCCCUUUGCACACCUCAUGCUGUAACUAUGGAGAGUACAAAGUUGCAACGAGUUAGCGAUCAUAAUUGGAUUCUCUAUAUUGGGAAAAAUACAAUCUUCACAAGAAAAUGCCUUGAAGAUAUAUCUAAACAAUUUCUUCACGGAACUUACCUUCUGAACAUCGACGACAACUGUGACAUUUAUAUAGAGAAUGUCAAACUGAGCAGACGUCGCUACUAUUCUGAGGACAUUAAGUUUGAUAUAACACCAGUAAUAAACUUACCUGAAGUACAGCCGGCGAACAUCAGUCUAUCAACCGCGAUUUCCCUGAAAGGUAUUAAUCUUGACGACCUGAAACAAUUAUCCUCCGAAUUGACGAAAGAAACACUCGUGAGUGAAAGUGAAAAUCGUGUUAUAGAGAUAAGAAGUGUUAGUAUAGCAACGGUAGUGCUCUAUGUAAUUUUACCUUUAAUUUUAGUAUGUUUCAUUGUAAUUAGAUAUAAAUCGUUUAUUUUAAGGUGUGUGCGAAAUCAUCAAAGUUCAGAAUCACCAGAUGAUUUCGUUCUUAGGGAGGGAGGAGUUAUGCAACGUGACGUACCAAGAAUAAUACAAGUAAGAGCUUAAAAGCACUACGUUGACAUUCUUGGUACGGCCGGAUGCAAACCUUGCAUUAGAUAAGUUCUAGACCUAAGAAUUCAUUUUGUAUUUUUGAUUCAUUAUUAAACUAGAAGCAUCCACCUCUGCUCGUGUUUUAAGUA